AUGGAGGCCAUCAAGCAGACCUUCGCGCAAUGCAAGAAAGAGGACAGGUCCGCCCUCGUCACCUACGUGACAGCCGGGUAUCCCACACCAGAAGAGACACCAGACAUAAUGCUCGGCAUGGAAGCCGGCGGCGCGGAUAUAAUUGAGCUCGGCAUGCCCUUCACAGACCCAAUCGCCGACGGACCCACGAUCCAGAAGUCAAACACCCAGGCGCUGAAGAACGGCGUUACCACCACUUCGGUUCUGCAAAUGAUCCGGGAUGCGCGGAAGAGAGGCCUAAGAGCGCCCGUGCUGUUGAUGGGAUACUAUAACCCGCUGCUGAGCUACGGCGAGGAGCGGAUGAUCAAAGACGCGCGGGAAGCAGGCGCCAAUGGAUUCAUCAUGGUGGAUCUGCCGCCAGAGGAGGCGAUACGGUUUAGGAACUUUUGCACGAGGGGAGGGUUAUCAUACGUCCCGCUCAUUGCGCCGGCAACAUCGGAGUCUCGGAUGAAGCUCCUCUGCAAGAUCGCCGACUCCUUCAUAUACGUCGUAUCAAGAAUGGGCGUUACCGGCGCGACAGGCACCCUAAACGUAGGACUUCCGGACCUCCUCGAGCGGGUGCACAAGUGGUCGGGUAACGUACCAGCGGCAGUAGGGUUUGGUGUCAGCACGAGAGAUCACUUCCUCAGCGUAGCGCAAAUCGCGGAGGGCGUCGUGAUAGGAAGCCAGAUCAUCACCACCCUAGCAGAGGCACCUGCUGGUCAGGGCGCCAAGGCCGUUGAAGAAUACUGCAGUGCAAUCACCGGCCGGAAAUUCUCCCAGGACAGCACGACGCGGGAAGUCGGCAUCGUGGAAGCCAUGGCCGAAGCGAAAGAGCCGAACGGCGUGCACGUGGAUAAGGUGAUAACAGAUGCGGAUGUGCCAGACGGACCCGGUCUGGCAGACCAGAUCGAAGCGCUUAAUGUCGAUGGUGAAGAGAACGGCACGCCCAACGGCGACGCCGUCCCCUCGCGCUUCGGCGAGUUCGGCGGCCAAUACGUCCCCGAAUCUCUCAUGGACUGCCUCGCAGAGCUCGAAGCCGGCUUCAACGAAGCGAAAAAUGACCCCAAGUUCUGGGAAGAAUACCGCUCCUACUACCCCUACAUGGGCCGCCCCGGCCAGCUCCACCUCGCCGAGCGCCUCACCGAGCACGCCGGCGGCGCAAACAUCUGGCUGAAGCGCGAAGACCUGAACCACACGGGCAGCCAUAAGAUCAACAACGCCGUCGGACAGAUCCUCCUCGCGCGGCGUCUGGGCAAGACCGAAAUAAUCGCCGAGACAGGCGCAGGCCAGCACGGCGUCGCCACCGCAACCGUCUGCGCGAAAUUCGGCAUGAAGUGCACCGUCUACAUGGGCGCAGAGGACGUGCGCCGCCAGGCCCUCAAUGUCUUCCGCAUGAAGCUGCUCGGUGCCUCCGUCGUCGCUGUCGAGGCCGGUAGCCGCACGCUACGCGAUGCUGUCAACGAGGCGCUCCGCGCUUGGGUCGUUAAUCUGAGCACCACGCACUACAUCAUCGGUUCCGCGAUCGGACCACACCCCUUCCCGACCAUCGUGCGCACGUUCCAGUCGGUCAUCGGGAACGAAACGAAAGAGCAGAUGCAGGCGCUGCGGGGCAAGCUGCCUGACGCGGUCGUGGCAUGUGUAGGCGGCGGGUCCAACGCGGUGGGGAUGUUCUACCCCUUCGCAUCCGACCCGUCCGUCAAGCUGCUGGGCGUCGAAGCCGGCGGCGACGGGCUGGACACAGCGCGCCACUCCGCCACGCUGAGCGGUGGCUCCAAAGGCGUCCUCCAUGGCGUCCGCACGUAUGUGCUGCAGGACCGCCAUGGCCAGAUCAGCGACACGCACUCCGUGUCCGCGGGGCUGGACUAUCCGGGCGUAGGUCCCGAGUUGUCGCAAUGGAAAGACACAGAGCGCGCGAAGUUCAUCGCCGCGACGGACGCGGAGGCGUUUGUCGGGUUUAGGCUACUGAGCCAGCUCGAGGGGAUUAUUCCGGCGCUCGAGACGAGCCAUGCGGUCUAUGGCGCGCUGGAGCUGGCGAAGACGAUGGACAAGGACAAGGAUAUUGUUAUUUGUUUGAGUGGGAGGGGCGAUAAGGAUGUGCAGAGUGUGGCGGAUGAGCUGCCGGUGCUGGGGCCGAAGAUCGGGUGGGAUCUGAGGUUUUGA